AUGGGUUCUCCCACCUUUUGUCUCAUUCUUCUCGCCACAUUGGCAACAACCACCGCCAAAGUGCUACCGAUCGAUGAAGAAGACCAACUUCUGUACGAGGUAAUCAAUCUUUUUUUUCCGUCCCGAACCAGUUUUCGACUAUCAUUUUUGUCCUAAUCCGUCACUAUCAUCAUCAUAAUAACCUUCUAUUUUUGAAGAACUUUGCGCAAAAAGGUGUGGAGAAAUUCAAUCAACAAUCGAACGACGCCUACAAAUGGCAACUGGACCGGACGUGGGAGGUCGAGAGACGGCUUUCCGGGGGCAUCCACUACUCGAUCUUCGUGACAUUGGUCAAGACGGACUGUAAGAAGGGAGAGGAAGAGGAGGGAAAAAAGUGUCGGAAGACGGACACGCUCAAGGUGAGAACUGGAUCGGGAUGAGGAAGAGGGGAAUGAUUACAGAAGUGCCAAGUGGAGAUCAGUCGCCGAGUGAAGCGACAUGGGUAUGGACUCAAAGACGUGGCUCACAUCAGAAACUGUGAGGAAGAGUUCACACGGAACAUUGACAAGUUUGAGUGAGUGAUCAUGGGUUUGACGCCGGGGAAACAAGAGCUUUUAGUCAUCGGAAGAUCAAACUGACGGAAGAUGACUCGGUGUCCGUGCAGGAACUCAGAAAGGCUAAGAUUAUCAAGCCGAGGGACUACGUCAUGUGGAACUCUUUCCUCGACUUUGUCGACAGGUGAAUUCGGAAUCUGAUUGGCCUUUCCAUGCUUCGAAUAUCUUUCAGACACGAUAAGAAGUACAGCGACAAGAGGGAAGUGCUGAAGAGAUUCCGAGUCUUCAAAAAGAAUGCGAAAGUGAUCCGAGAGCUGCAGAAGAAUGAGCAGGGCACGGCUGUCUAUGGAUUCACAAAGUUCUCCGAUAUGACCACGAUGGAGUUCAAGCAGAUUAUGCUGCCAUAUCAAUGGGAACAGCCCGUGUACCCGAUGGAUCAAGCCGAUUUCAAGAAGGAAGGAGUGACCAUCUCGGAAGAUGAUCUUCCGGAUUCAUUUGAUUGGAGGGAGAAGGGAGCAGUGACUCAGGUGAAAAAUCAGGGAAGUUGCGGAAGUUGCUGGGCAUUCUCGACCACUGGAAACGUGGAAGGAGCGUGGUUCUUGGCCAAAAAGAAGCUUGUUUCGCUCUCGGAGCAAGAGCUCGUCGACUGUGACAGUGUGGAUCAGGGAUGCAACGGAGGGCUUCCGAGCAAUGCGUACAAGUGAGUUUGAGAUAGGAGGAGCAUCCCCCAGAAAACCCUUUGCUGUUCAGAGAGAUCAUUCGAAUGGGCGGUUUGGAACCAGAAGACGCCUAUCCGUACGACGGAAAAGGAGAAACGUGUCAUCUGGUCCGCAAGGACAUCUCCGUUUACAUCAACGGAUCCGUCGAACUGCCGCACGACGAGGUGGAGCUGCAGAAAUGGCUGGUCACGAAAGGACCCAUUUCAAUCGGUACGCUGCUUCAUUUCAAUAUUUCAAUCAGCAAAAAAAAAACACUCGAGUAA